AUGGCUGAUCCGGUGGCAAUUAGAGAAAGAAGAAUGCAGAAGAUUCUUAAAAAUUCUGAAGAGAGGUUGAAAAAGUUAACAAACACUAACAAAAAUAUAUCUGAGAAUUUUCUAGAAAAUGGCAUGGUUGCUAAUGGAGAGAAAGAUAAUGGAACUCAUGAAACCACCAAGAAACCAACCUGCUGUCUGCCUUCUAGUGAUGAAAACAUGAACCAAACUGACCGGCUAAGAGGAGGUGAUGAUGGUGAAAAAGUUAAUCCUGAUUCAAAAUACUCAACAACACAGCAAGCAAAUACCAUGGAAAACGUGUUCACUAAUUCAAAAUUAUCUAAUUGUACUCCAGAAAAAGAUAUUGAUAUCAGUGCAGCUAGUACUUCUGCUAAAGAAAGCACCAAAACUGAUGAUAAUAAUGUUGAUGAUGUGGAUAUGGAGAAGAAAUUGAAAGAGUUUCUAGCUUUUCGAUGUUUCUUCAUAAUCAUCGUGGCCGUCACCACUAGACUGAUUAUUAAAUCAAGCUUCAAGGAAUUCAUUGUUGAUGAGAAUAUCAUUUACCAUUUUGUCAUGCUGGAAGUUAUUUUCUUCAGCUACCAAAAAUUACAAAAACUAGUCUAUCCGAGAAGCACCUCUGCCAAAAAUUUGAUCCUUAGCAGCAUGCUGGCAUACGUUGGUCUUGACAUUGAAUGCUUACACACUUACAAUUAUAUUAUGUCCAGUGUUUUGUCUGUAUUCAAUGAUUUUGUGGUUUAUCUAUUUUCAUUUAUUACUGUUCAUUAUUUACUGUCUUAG